GAGAUAUCGGACGGUUGCUAGUGAGUUGGUGUUGUACGGUCUGGACUUUUACGAUCAAUGUGAAACUCCUUUUCCGCGAUGGAAUCUUGGAAUGCCUCCUGGUUGAAAUUGUCAUGAUGUUAAGGAUCUGACUCUGAACAACAUAAAUACUCUCGGAAGAUCCUCACAGUUCGUCUCGCCCUUUUCUCUUCACCACGCUCACUCAGGACACCAUCCAACAGCCUCUCUCAGUCUCUCAAGCCCAGCUUCUCUCAGCAAAGCCAACCUCAUCUCUCAAAAUGCAGACUAAGGUUUUCGUCUCCGCCCUCCUGGCUGGCAUGGCCACCGCCCAGACCCUCAACAUUCCCACUCGCAGCGGUUCCAUCGUCUCCCUCUCCGCUCCCUCCACGAUCUCGGGUUCCAAGGACUUUGCCAACAAGGAGUUCGACCGUGGCCGUGCCUGCGACACCGACGCCGACACUGGCAGUGACUCCGCCGUCUUCAUUCUCGAGAACGGCGCCACCCUGAGCAACGUCAUCAUUGGCGCCAACCAGCUCGAGGGUGUCCACUGCAAGGGUGCCUGCACUCUGAAGAACGUCUGGUUCCGUGACGUCUGCGAGGAUGCCAUCUCCGCUCUCGGCACCGGUGACGUCCUCAUCCAGGGCGGUGGCGCCCAGAACGCCGUCGACAAGGUCGUCCAGCACAACGGUCGCGGCACCGUCACCAUCGACGGCUUCACCGUCGUCACCGCCGGCAAGCUCUACCGCGGCUGCGGUGACUGCACCAACAACGGAGGCCCCCGCAACGUCAUCGUCAAGAACGUCAAGGCUAAGGGCGUCAAGGAGCUCGUCGGCAUCAACUCCAACUACGGCGACGUCGCCACCAUCUCCAGCACUUGCGGCUCCAGCGUCUCCAAGGUCUGCCAGGAGUACAAGGGCGUCUCCAAGGGCAGCGGCGAGAGCUCAAAGGUCAGCACCACCGCCAACUGCAAGGGCCAGACUUCUUUGUCUGCUUGCUAAGCGGGUUGUUGAUGCUUUCCCGUCCUUUCAUGUUUAAGCGUGGAGUUUCAGGGACAAUAUCCCAUUGAGCGUGUAUUUGCUUCUUUAUUCCGACUCACUAGACACUAGUCUUUGUGACAGGACAAUUUCUCUGUACAUAGUAG